ACGGCGGCAUCGGCUUAUUUGUUUGUGGUCGAUUAUGCAACCUUUGGCUGGAGAUGCUACAUGGGCGACAGAGCGGCGUGGUAGACGGACAUAACGGGACGUAUCAGCGUGUAUCGCAAGGCAUCAGUCAAGAGAAAAUGUUGCACCAGGAAGCAAAGCCCUAAAACAGAUGAGCGAGCUCAUGAGCAGCAUCGAUGCUGUUACUCAGCAGCAACAUGAGUUCGAAGCGGUCAUUCCAACCUGAAGAGCCUUAGCAGACAUCAUUCAGCACUGUGUACACAUGGAGUGAACAGGACAGUCAGUCAGGGUGGGAGACCAGGACAAAGUAACAACAUCCCUAUCCAGGCCAAAAUUCAAUUGAACGUCAACCUCAUUUGGCCUUGUUUGAUUCCUUCCCUCUUCAUACUUUUUGACUCUAAAAUAUCACUUCUUCAUUUGAUAUAAUUUAAUAUAAAUUCCUCAGUCCAAACUCCUCCCAUCUUGUGCCACAAGACCCUCCUUUCCCUUUCACAGCGCCCCUCAGAGGGGCGAUGCCAGUCUUGCUUAAUGCCGACGCCUCCUUCAGCUCCAAGCAGGAGCUCCUGGACCUCCAGGACUGUCCUCCCAGCCAGGGUCCCUCUCUGGACACGCCUAGCCCUGUGGACUCUCAGCCAAGCAGUCCUGUAGGCUCAGGCCCCAGGAGCCCUGGCAAUCCAAGGGGUGAUGGCCCCAUUGGGCCCCGCAUUUUUACCACGGCCUCCUCACUGUAUGGGGUGCACAAGUCCCCCCAUGGAGAGCCUCCCUUGGGGUUAUCGUUGAUAACCUCAGACUCCGAUCAGCUAUGUGGCUGGGGGGCUCUGACACCCAAAGCCAUCCAGGCUUUCAACACCCCUCGCUGGGUGCUGUUCUUCCUCUGCGUGGCCUCUUUUCUUCAGGGCAUGAUCAUCAACGGCUUCAUAAACACGGUGGUCACCUCCAUCGAGAGGCGCUUCGACCUGCGCAGCUACCAGGCCGGCCUCAUUGCCAGCUCCUACGACAUCGCAGCCUGCGUGUGCCUGGCCUUCGUCAGCUACUUCGGCGGGACGGGGCACAAGCCUCGCUGGCUGGGCUGGGGGGUGCUGAUCAUGGCGUUGGGAUCUCUGGUGUUUGCCUUGCCUCACUUCACUACACCCCCCUAUCAGGUCAGUCUGCCUGAGCACACAGGAAUGUGCUCUGCCAACCGUACCAGCCCGUGCCAUAACAAGGAGGGCGGAGGACUGUCCAGCUAUCGGUUUGUGUUCAUGCUGGGUCAGUUUCUACAUGGUGUGGGUGCUACGCCUCUCUACACACUCGGGGUCACAUACCUGGAUGAAAACGUCAAGUCCAAUUAUGCGCCUGUUUAUAUAGGGAUCUUCUACACGGCAGCCAUUGUGGGUCCAGCGGCAGGCUACCUGCUGGGGGGACACUUCCUCAAUAUUUACACUGAGAUCCACCUCACGACAGAGCUCACUCCAGAGAACCCGCUGUGGGUCGGGGCGUGGUGGAUCGGCUUCCUAGCAGGCGGGGCAGCAGCUCUGCUCAUCGCUCUCCCCAUCCUCGGCUACCCACGACAACUACCAGGCUCUCAGAAGUACGUGUCCAUGCGUGUGUCGGAGGCCCACCAGCUCAAAGAUGGCAGCCACACCACAGCCUCGGACCCCCAGUUUGGCAAAUCGGUCAAGGACAUGCCCAGGUCUGUGCUGCUCCUCUUAAAGAACCCCACCUUCCUGUUUCUCUGCCUGGCCGGGGCCACAGAGGCCACCCUCAUCGCCGGCAUGUCCACUUUCGGCCCCAAGUUCUUGGAGUCACAGUUCAGCCUCAGCGCCUCAGAGGCUGCCACGUGGUUCGGGUACAUGGUGGUGCCGGCAGGCGGCGGCGGCACCUUCCUGGGCGGCUACAUCGUGAAGCGGCUGAACCUGCGCUGUCGCGGCAUCAUCCGCUUCUGCAUGCUGUGUGCCGUGGUCAGCCUGCUCGCCAUCUUCAUCUUCCUCAUCCACUGCCCCAACGUGCCCAUGGCGGGGGUCACGGCGCCAUACCUGGCCAGUCUCAUGCAGGACCAGCAGGUGGACCAGUACGCCAGCCACAGAGACCAGUACCAGCCUCGCAGCCUCAGGAACAGGAACAGUUCGCUGGACGAGGACCUGACCGUGGGCUGUAACGCGGCCUGCAGCUGUGUGAGGGAGCUGUACAACCCGGUGUGCGGGGCCGACGGGGUGAUGUACUACUCUCCCUGCCACGCCGGCUGCAGCUCCAUCAACCACACCGAGCGCUCCACAGGCAGACAGGUGUACUCUGGAUGCAGCUGCGUGGUGGGAAAUGUGUCCUGGGGUGAGGAAGGCUUGGCGCUGGCAGGGAAGUGUGGCAGCUCCUGCCACCACAUGCCAGCCUUCCUCUCCUUCCUCUUCAUCAUCAUCUCGUUCACCUUCCUCUGUAGCAUCCCAGCGCUCACUGCCACGCUCAGGUGCGUCCCAGACAGCCAGAGAUCAUUUGGACUUGGCAUCCAGUGGAUUGUGGUGCGAACGCUUGGUGGUAUCCCGGGGCCCAUAGCGUUCGGCUCGGUGAUUGACAUCUCCUGCUUGCUGUGGCAGGAUCAGUGCGGUGAGCAGGGCUCCUGCUACCUCUACCAGAACUCAGCCAUGAGCCAGUACACACUAAUCGCUGGCAUCAUAUACAAGGUUUUGGGGACAGUCUUCUUCAUGUUAGCCAGCAUCAUGUACCAGCCCCCCCCGGAGUCGCCCCAGAGCAGCUGCGAGAGCACCGACCACGGGGCAGCAGACCUGGGCGACCUGCCCGUCAAAGACCUGCCUCAGGACGGCGUCAUUGUCAACCCGCACGCCAGGUUAUGACCUCAGAGACUGACCGCUGACUGUGUGUGUGUGUGUGUGUGUGUGUGUGUGUGUGUGUGGAGGCGUGCCUCCCCUUUGACACGGUGUGAAUAUGACUUUGUGAGUGUGGAGGUCGGGACGGCGGUGGUGGGAAUACACGUACACACAAGCAUUGCAGCCAUACAGACAUACACAUGCAGUUGCACAUGUGGCCAAAUGAAACACAGGCACGCAAUGGACCAAUCCUAAGUCCCGCCCCCUCAAAUGCAAACCAGCCAAUCAUAGCUUAGUAAAUGUUUCCCUCAGACAUACAUCUGUCUCCAUAGAUGUGAAUGAAGUUUCGCCAGAUGUUGAGGUGUUUUCAGACAUUCAUGCUUUGCUUUUCGAAGGUCGUCAUGUAAAAAGUAGAAGUCAACUAUGUACAUCCACGACUGGCAUGGUGAGAUUCAGCAGAAGAUACUGAGAAUAUACAUACAUGUAUAACAACACGUGUCUGUUUGUUUAGUAAUCUGUCACUCAAUUUCUCAUCGUCCGACCUAUCAGCACUAACUACGGGAGGCAGGACUUAGGAUUGGUCAACUGAGCAGCCAAUAAACACACACCUCUGUAUACCACAUGACGACGUCUUCUUCCACACUGCCCUCCUGGAGAAAACCCCUGCCGAGUGCGUGUGUCGUGCGUGCAUGAGUGCGCGUUUUGUGAUCGUCAGGGCGGCACGGCGCAAAUUUCUAUGUAGCUUGUAGGCGUUUCUACGAACAUCCGGGAAGCACUCGAAAAACAAAUCAGCUCUCAAAAAGACUUUUUGGAAUGUAAGUUUGAGACGGAACGAGAAGAGUCUGAUUGUAACCUGGUGUCAUGCCCUCUCACCGCCAGGAGCCGAGGCGCCAGAGGGCUGUGUGUUGUACAUUAUAUGCCACAUGUAUGAAGCAUUUCUGAUGUGGAAGAAAAGGCAUUGACGCUCCUUCUGUUCUCUCCCUAUCACUGGUCGACGAUUGCACUCGUAUUAUUUUUCUCUCCACUGGGGACGCCAGGUUCUCAUAUACAAUGAAACCAGAUCAUUUUCAUAGCAUAUGUCAUAUUUUAAGCAUAAGCCAAGAGUAUGUAAAGGCACUUAUAUGAGUAUAAUGUGAAGUUAAGCUAAUGACGACAGUACAGCAGCACAAAUAUAUUUUAACAAAGGAAGAGCACAUGUGUAUUUUUUGAUCAGCCACUUGGACAGCAGAUUAAUGACCAAGCCUUGGCCCGUAUUUGAUAAAAGGGAAACAAUAUGAGUCUCAUUGCAUUCUACAUGAAAUAGAUCAGUACAUAGAUUAUAGUAAGAGCUUUGUCACAUCGCUGCACUUUAAACGCCAUAGCACUGAAGAGCCCAAUUAUAAAAAAAAGAAAUAAAAAUAAAAGAAAUAUCACGCCUAGAGGGAUAUUCUGGGAGGCAGCACGUAAGUCGGACCUGCCAAGGAUGACGCACAAUUGGCAUGACAUGCAGUAGAGGUGAGCAGCACUGUUAUUUGGACCUAAAAAAAAGUACAGUACUGUAAGUCGAUGAGUGCCAAAGCAGCUUUUCCCGGCAACUCUUGUAUUUUUAUUUUUUUCUCGUUGACCUUAUUUAUACGAAUAAUUUAUUUAUAACCAGAUUAACAGCACUCGUAUGUGAUUUUCUACAUUCACUCCAUAUGUUUUGAAGUACUUUGUGAGGACGGAGGAGGAUUCAGUGGAUACGCCUGAACGCCAUAACAUGCUGCCUGGACGCUCCCACUGUGGUCCUUGCUCCAAAAUAGAAUAAAAUAAAAUAAAAUCUCCCCGGUGUCCUUAUUGUUUAUGUGAUCGUGAAACGCCAUUUGACAGCCCACUGUGUGUUACCCUGUGUUGGUGUCAUGAGCUUCUGGUCCUCGAGGACUUCUCCCUUGUCUUUUGGCCUCAAAUAUUUGUUCAUCAGUUUUCCUCUCGCUGGUCUUGGAGGGUUCGGGGGAUUUGAUCUCGAUGCGAGGGUGUAAAUGCAAAGCACCUCCUCAUACUGUGAGAUCAGUCCCCGAGCGAUGGAAGACUACUCCUGCAAAUUAAUUUUUAUUCGUUUUUUAUUUUUUGUUACUUCUUUUUUUUUUUUAAAGAAGAGAUGUGGACCUGAAAUCAAUGAUUUUUAUGAGACGUUUCUGCAAAUGUAAUGUGUUUUCUAAAAACAAAAGUUGAACAA